CGGAGUCGGGCUCGACCCGCGGCGGCGCGGCAGGCGCCCCCGGAACCGCCCACUCACCUGCCGAGACCCCCCGCUGCCCUGUCUGGGCCUUCGCUCCCAGGGCAGUGGCCGCCAUGUUCUCGUGCAUGAAGCCUUAUGGAGACCAGAACUACUCAGCCCUGAAGCGGGCCUGUCUGCGCAAGAAGGUGCUCUUCGAGGACCCCAGCUUCCCAGCCACUGACGACUCGCUGUACUACAAGGGCACCCCGGGGCCCGCCGUCAGGUGGCAGCGGCCCAAGGACAUCUGCGAGGACCCCCGCCUCUUUGUGGAUGGCAUCAGCUCCCAUGACCUACACCAGGGCCAGGUGGGCAACUGCUGGUUUGUGGCGGCCUGCUCAUCACUCGCCUCCCGAGAGUCGCUGUGGCAGAAGGUCAUCCCAGACUGGAAGGAGCAGGAGUGGGACCCUGAGAAGCCUGAUGCCUAUGCGGGCAUCUUCCACUUCCACUUCUGGCGCUUUGGGGAGUGGAUAGAUGUGGUCAUCGACGACCGGCUGCCCACCGUCAACAACCAGCUCAUCUACUGCCACUCCAAUUCCCGAAAUGAGUUCUGGUGUGCCCUGGUGGAGAAGGCCUAUGCUAAGCUGGCGGGCUGUUACCAGGCCCUGGAUGGAGGCAACACGGCGGAUGCGCUGGUGGACUUCACAGGUGGCGUUUCCGAGCCCAUCGACUUGACAGAGGGUGACUUUGCCAAUGACGAAGGCAAGAGGAACCAGCUCUUUGAGCGGGUGUUGAAAGUGCACAGCCGGGGAGGCCUCAUCAGUGCCUCCAUCAAGGCUGUGACAGCGGCAGACAUGGAGGCCCGCCUGGCGUGUGGCCUGGUGAAAGGCCACGCAUACGCCAUCACCGACGUACGCAAGGUGCGCCUGGGCCACGGCCUGCUGGCCUUCUUCAAGUCGGAGAAGUUGGACAUGAUCCGCCUGCGCAACCCCUGGGGCGAGCGGGAGUGGAACGGGCCCUGGAGCGACACCUCAGAGGAAUGGCAGAAGGUGAGCAAGAGCGAGCGGGAGAAGAUGGGCGUGACCGUGCAGGAUGAUGGCGAGUUCUGGAUGACCUUCGAGGACCUGUGCCGAUACUUUACCGACAUCAUCAAGUGCCGCCUGAUCAAUACAUCUUACCUGAGUGUCCACAAGACAUGGGAGGAGGCCCGACUGCAUGGGGCCUGGACGCAGCACGAGGACCCAUGGCAGAACCGCAGUGGGGGCUGCAUCAAUCACAAGGACACCUUCUUCCAGAAUCCACAGUACAUCUUUGAUGUCAAGAAGCCAGAAGAUGAAGUGCUGAUCUGCAUCCAGCAGCGGCCGAAACAGUCCACUCGCCGGGACGGCAAGGGCGAAAAUCUGGCAAUUGGUUUCGACAUCUACAAGGUGGAGGAGAACCGCCAGUACCGCAUGCACCGCCUGCAACACAGGGCUGCCAGCUCCAUCUACAUCAACUCACGCAGCGUCUUCCUGCGUACAGACCAGCCCGAGGGCCGCUACGUCAUCAUCCCUACCACCUUCGAGCCAGGCCACACUGGCCAGUUCCUGCUCCGAGUCUUCACCGACGUGCCCUCCAACUGCCGGGAGCUGUGCCUGGAUGAGCCCCCCCGCUCCUGCUGGAGCUCCCUGUGUGGCUACCCCCAGCAGGUGACCCAGGUGCAUGUCCUGGGGGCUGCUGGUCUCAAGGACUCCUCAACAGGGGCUAACUCUUAUGUGAUCAUCAAGUGUGAGGGGGACAAAGUCCGUUCGGCUGUGCAGAAGGGCACCUCGACACCCGAGUACAACGUGAAAGGCAUCUUCUACCGCAAGAAGCCGGGCCAGCCCAUCACUGUCCAGGUCUGGAACCACCGAGUCCUGAAGGAUGAGUUCCUGGGCCAGGUACGCCUGAAGGCUGACUCGGAUGACCUCCAGGCCCUGCACACCCUCCACCUCCAAGACCGAAGUAGCCGGCAGCCCAGCGACCUGCCAGGCACCAUUGCUGUGCACAUCCUCAGCAGUGCCUCCCUCACGGCUGUCUGAUACCUGCCCACCCACCUGGCCCACGCAGUUCUCACCACCAUCUGCAUGUCCCCAACCAGGCCAAGGACUAACCUGGGAGCCAGGAUGCUGGGGUCCUUUUCCCAGAUUUUCCACUGACUUGCUGUGUGACCUUGGGAGAUCUCUGCCCCUCUCUGGGCCUCAGUGUCCUGAGGACCCCAAAGCAUUCCUUUCUCAUGGAGGAGUCUUCUUGCCUGAGAUUUAUAUAGCCCUCUUUACUCCAGUUGUCACCACUGCUAGGGAACUCUGUCCGUUGAAAACGUUUUCCCAAGGCCUUGCUGUCUGCCGACGGAGUGCCAAUCAGAUGUCACUUGUUUACACACAAACUGCCACAUCCCCAAGCCCCACUCUUGCCCCUCCUGUCCUGGGCCUGCCCAAGUGUCCCAGACCUUGCUUUCUGUGUCACCGAUACCUGGUUUUCUAGCUACCUGGAAAGGACUCGUGGUUCUUGCUGGGUUCCUGCUCAGGCUGGAAUUUGGGAAAUGUGCAGGUGACAUUUGUUCAUUCUCUAAUCCUGUCCACCGCCCAUCCAUUUAUUUAUUCAACAGAGAUUUGCCAAGUGAAUAAACGAUACCCAUGAGGCCCCAGGCGGAGCUGGGCCCCUGCUGCAGCUCUGGAAAACUCAGCAUCUGUCCUGAGCCUCGCCUCUGCUCUCAGGUCCUCGCAGGCAGAUGUCCAGAUGCCCAGAAGAGCUGUAGCUACCUUCUCAUUCUAGGCUCUAAUCUCAUCCCCAGCCUCUGGUUUAAGGCCCCUAGAGAGGUGGUGGCAGUGGUGGAGAGGAAGGAUGUCUUUCUGUCUUCACUGUCCUGAUGCCAGAAGAAAUGUUUCUGGUUUAGUGGCCAGGGGCCUGGGGUUGGGCAUGGGGACCCGAGAGGAAGACAUAUGCUCCCAGGCCCCCCUUUCUUGCAAGACCUAGACUUUUCUGGGAGAAGGGACUCUCGGCUGGUGGUGUCAGGCCCGCCGGGGUCAGGUCACCCACUGGACUUGGCAAAAGAUAAAUAAAUUCAUCGCCUGACCAGAAAGGCCCCUUCACCAACAUUCCCCCCAAAGAUGCAACCAAGGAGGCCACAGCUCUCUCCUCACUGCCUGGACCAAAAUGUUCCUUUUAGUCUCAGUGUUUUAUAUUCUUUCUGUUUUGAAACUAUCAAUUUUAACCGGGGGGUUUUAAAGGAAAACUGAAAGCCUGAAACCGUUUUUCUGCUUAAGCUCCAGUUCUUGUGGUCCUCUGAUUUUAUUUUGAUUCCGCUUAGGGAGGGACGAGGAGAAGUCGUACCUUCUCAGAGGAGGUCUGGAGGUGGAUGAAGAGAGUGUUCUGUGCUUGGGUGAUUUGCAAGCUGGCAGCAACUGUGUUCUUGGCAAGCAUCAGUGCUGUGAUGUGCCUAGGGUCUCUUCUGUGCCCUUCUCAGGCUUCAGACCAGAGAUGUAAAUGAUAAAGUUUGGCUGGUUCAAGAACAGGAAUUCCUGUGGCCUUGCUGAGAAUUCCUUUGGGAAUCUGAAUUUUUGGCUCCAGAUCUGCCUGUUUGGUCCAGUGUCCUGGUUGGAGGUGCUGGGUUUUGACUUUGCCUCCUCACUUCAUGGCCGGCUCCACUCCUAGGUCCUGGCCCUGAGGGGCCAUGUGAGGGCCAGGAACUGAAUGAUAAGGAGGACAAGAAGACUCCUUCUGAUAAAGCCAGGACUUCUCACCGAGAACCUGGGCCUGGGGCCAGGACUCUGCCCAUGACCAGGAGCAAAUCACUUAAACCUCCUGUGCCUCGAUUUCCUUUUCUGCAAAGUGGGGCCAAUGAUUCUUGUUUGUCAGCACUCUUACUAACAAGUGCCGAAUAAGGGCAAAAACAUACCCUUUCUCUAUGUAUCUCUGUAUGCGUGCACAUUGUACACACUCAUGUAAUCAUU